CGCUGAUCCUCCGUUUCAUAAGUUAUGAAUCAUAACCGGAAAAGCUCCACAUCGCUUCCCCCUGUUUAACGCCACCAUUCGACCAUGCUAACCUCCGCCCUUCGCUCGGCCAAGUCGCUGCAGCGCGUGGCUAGCAACUCGCGUGCCUUCGCUGCUGCAGCUAAGCCCUUCAACGCGGACACAUACGAGCAGAAAUAUCUUGCCAAAACGUACAAUUCGAAUGGCGUUCGCGGCGAGUCUGGUCUCGUGUUCACACACGGCAAAGGCAGCAAACUGUACGACGAGCAGGGCCGCGAGUUCUUGGACUUUUACGCCGGCAUCGCUGUCUCUGGUCUUGGCCACGGCGAUGAGGACUGGUACAACAGUCUCGUGGAAAAUGGCAAAAAGGUGACGCAUGUGAGCAACUUGUUCCACUCCAAGGCGCCACUGGAACUGGCUAAGAACCUCGUGGACAACUCUCGCUUCGACAAGGUUUUUUUCGCCAAUUCAGGCACUGAAGCCAACGAAGGUGCCUACAAGUUCGCGCGUCUGUAUGCUAACCGCGUCUCCCAGGGAACACCUUUGGAGGGUAAAAAGUUCGAAUUCAUCUCAUUCAAGCACGGCUUCCACGGUCGUACCGCGGCAGCAUUGACACUCACACACAAGCCUAAGAUCCGCGAGGCCUUUAUGCCUCUGAAACUUAUUUCGGACAAAACCGCGGGUGUUUUCAUUGAACCCAUGCAGGGCGAAGGCGGUCUGUACCCCGCCGACCCGGAAUUUAUGAGCGAGUUGCGUGCACUUUGUGAUAAGCACGACACUCUGCUCAUUACGGACGAAGUGCAGUGUGGCUUGGGCCGUACUGGGAAAUUGUUUGCACACGAACUGUACGACGUGACGCCGGACAUCAUGACGCUGGCUAAGCCGCUGGCUGGCGGCCUGCCAAUCGGCGCUGUGCUCAUGUCCAACAAGGUGGCGUCGGCUAUCACUCCUGGCCAGCACGGCACGACGUUCGGUGGCAAUCCGCUUGUCUGUGCUGUGGCCAACACUGUGCUGACUAAGAUCAUGGACGAAGAUUUCUUGGACAACGUGCAGAAGCGUGGCAAAUACUUGGCGGACGGUCUGCAAAAGUUGCAGCAGAAAUUCCCCAACCAGGUCGUGGAUGUCCGUAAACCGAUCGGAAAGGGCGGACUGUUCGUUGCUCUUGAAUGCAGCAAACCAGUGGGCCCGCUCAUCGAGUACGCGCUGUCCAAGCAGGUGCUCCUCAUUUCUGCGGGUGAAAACACGAUCCGCCUGUGCCCGCCGCUGGUUGUGGACGAAAAUGACAUCGACAAACUGCUCGCUGUAUUGGAGAAGGCGUUCGAGGAAGAUGUGUUGUAA